AUGAACGACGAUAAGGAGCAACCUGGUCCUGGGAAUUCAGUUUCUAGUAAUGUUGACUCGGCGCCAGCCACUCAAGGCGCAUCCGUCACAGCUUUUGGUUUGAAGCUUCCCCCAUAUUGGCCUGGCGACCCGGCCUUGUGGUUCGCGCAGGUUGAGGCCCAGUUUUUGACAAGGUCGAGAAUCACUCAACAGGAGACUAAGUAUGCUCAUGUAAUCUCAUCAUUACAACCCGAGAUAGCCCAGGAGGUGAGAGAUUUUAUCAUUUCUCCUCCAGCCCAAGACCGGUAUGAUAAGUUGAAGGCGGAACUUAUUAAGCGUACUAGCGAUUCCGAGCAGAGGCGCCUACAUCAGCUUUUAAUCGCCGAAGAACUUGGGGAUAGGAAACCCUCACAGCUCCUUCGCCGGAUGCGGCAGUUGCUCGGAGACUCGGCUUUAGAGGAGAGUAUACUGAGAGAGUUAUUCCUGCAGCGAUUACCCAGUAGUGUUAGGGUGGUGUUGGCUUCCUGUUCAGAUACAAUGGACAUUCAACAUUUAGCUGAUUUGGCAGACCGGGUUUUGGAAGUUGCGUCUCCUCUUUCGGUUGCUAGCACUAGUGUACUAACUCCUCGCCCUUCGAGUCCUACCCAUGUUCUUCCAACUCAAUCUAGGUCGCAUUCUCAUACUGAUGAAGUCCAGCGCUUGUCAGCACAAGUCGCACAGCUGUCUGUCCAAGUUCAAGCGCUGACUUCUUCGUUAGAUGAUCGGCGUAGCCGCAGCAACUCUAGAGCCGGUAGAGGUAACAACCCUUCAAGACGACGCCCAUCUCAGUCGAGAAGUCCUAGCCGUCACCUGGACCAUGAUGGCAACCUCCCUAUACCCAUCAUUGGGGCAGAUUUUUUGAAUAAGUUUGGCCUCGUGGUGGAUGUUCGUCAUCGGAGACUCCUCGAUUCCACAACGAGACUCAUGAUCAAUGGCAUUCGUGCUCCACGUCACACACAAGUCGUCAGCCCUAUGUUUUCACAACCAUCAAGUCAAGGUAGUGAUAGGUAUGCCGCCAUUUUGGGAGAGUUUCCCGACAUAACUCAUCUGGACUUUCAUCACAAGGCUGUGAAGCAUACCGUGACACAUCAUAUUGUUACGACCGGACCACCAGCUUACUCUCGUCCCCGUCGAUUGGCUGCUGAUCGUUUAAAGGUUGCGCGCUCUGAAUUCGAGCAUAUGCAGGAACUUGGAAUUAUCAGACCUUCAUCCAGCAAUUGGUCUUCACCUCUCCACAUGGUCCCGAAAUCUACCCCAGGUGACUGGCGGCCAUGUGGAGAUUAUCGCGCCUUGAACACUCAGACUGUACCAGACCGGUACCCAGUCCCACAUAUUCAAGAUUUCACUGCAUCAUUGGCGGGUAAGACGAUCUUCUCGAAAAUAGAUCUUGUGAAGGUCUACCAUCAGAUUCCCGUGGAACCAGCUGAUGUACCGAAGACGGCGAUAACUACACCUUUUGGACUUUUCGAGUUUACACGUAUGCCAUUCGGACUUCGAAAUGCAGCCCAGUCAUUCCAGCGUUUGAUGAACGAGAUAGUUAGGGGUUUGCCGUUCAUUUUUGUGUAUAUAGAUGACAUACUAGUCGCUAGUGCAUCCGAGAAGGAGCAUGAAGAGCAUCUUCGACUUCUUUUCACUCGCCUUCAUGACUAUGGAAUGGUGAUCAAUCCGGCUAAGUGUGUGUUUGGUGUGAACUCCCUUGUCUUCUUAGGACACCACAUUGACGCAUGCCAUUCGGACUUCGAAAUGCAGCCCAGUCAUUCCAGCGUUUGA